AUGGCAACCUACUGUGUGUCGGGGCACACUGUCGACCUGGCCAUUGAUUCACACAUCUUGUGCAAGUUGUGUCUUACAGACAUUCCCCUGGAAGAAAUGCAUGAGAUGGCAGAGUGCAAGUGUCUCUUUUGUGAAAUGUGCAUGCGUCAGUACUUGUCAGUAAUGAUAGCAGACGGGAUGAUCUCAGACCUCACCUGCCCCGAUGGUCAGUGUACAAGACAGGGAAAGAUGACUAUAAAAGAAAUUGAAAAACUGGUUGAUAGACAGACAUUUAUGAGGUACAAAAGAUUGACUUUUCAGAGAGAGGUUGACCUUGACCCCAAUCGAACAUUCUGUCCAGAGAUUGGCUGCGAAACUGUCUGCCAUGUUUGUUACUCCCAGUCACAUGGUGCGGCCAGGGCAGCAUCCUCCUCCAUGCCUGUACAGUGUCCAACAUGUGGUUUACAGUUUUGCUCCAUAUGCAAGACCAAAUGGCAUGCACCCAAGUCAUGUGAUGAUGUAGUCACUGCUGCACCGCUGGAGGAAGCAGGGAUCCCCUACCACAACACAGAAGAUGCAAAGAUCAAGAGGUGCCCUGUGUGUCAUGUCCCCAUAGAGCGCAAUGAUGGCUGCGCCCAGAUGAUGUGCAAGAGGUGUAAGCAUGUCUUCUGCUGGUACUGCUUGCAGUCUCUUGAUGAUGAUUUUCUUCUCCGACACUAUGACAAGGGACCUUGUAAAAAUAAACUGGGGCACUCACGAGCAUCGGUUAUCUGGCACAGAACACAGGUAGUUGGCAUAUUUGCUGGAUUUGGUGUCUUGCUAUUGGUUGCCUCCCCUUUCCUGCUGCUGGCGGCACCGUGCAUUCUUUGCUGCAAGUGUAAGAUGUGCCGAUGCUGUGAUGAAGAAGAAGGUGACGGAUUCUCUACCUGA